CCGACUUAGAACGAACAUAGAGUGUGUACAGAUGUUUUUCAGUCUCAUGGAAAUUUUCCUCGGAUCUCUGGAUUUAAUAACCUGAUCAUCACCUAGCUGUAGUAAUUUAGUCUAUGCAUGGCCAUCUAGAGCUCCGCUGCUCGGACUCUGGAUAUGUAGCGUGAUUUUAAAAUUAAUAUGGGCCAACCACAGUCGAAGGAUAAGCGAUCGGCUGCGGGAUCAUUUGGUAGUCAAAAGUCGGGAAAGGCCAGCAAGAACAAAGAACCUCCUCCGAGAUCGGACCGCCCCUGUAAUGUGUUUGCUGAACACCAAGAGAAUCUGCAUGAAGCUUUUAUAGCUCGGCCGUUACCCACCCAUCCCAAGGGAGAAUCUCCUCGCUGGGGAUCUAAAGAGUCAUUACUGACCAAUCCAGAUGAUAAGGAUCAUUUUAUGGUUUUGUAUGAUUUCAACGGUAGUGGGGAAAAUCAGCUUUGUGUAUCAAAAGGUGCCCAUGUACAGAUUUUGACGUACAAUAAGAGCGGUGAAUGGGUAGAGGCCAGAGCCAAAGAUGGCCGGACCGGAUGGGUUCCUUCAUCGUAUGUAUCACCAGCCGAUAGUUUAGAAAAACAUUCCUGGUAUCAUGGUAGAAUAUCUCGUAAUGCCGCAGAGUAUUUACUCAGUAGUGGCAUUGAUGGCAGUUUUCUUGUUCGUGACAGUGAAAGUAGUCCCGGGCAGCUGUCAAUAUCACUACGCUAUGAAGGACGAGUUUAUCAUUAUCGAAUUAGCAAUGCUUCAGAUGGAAAGGUCUUUGUGACGCCCGAUAGUCGUUUCAACACCCUGCCUGAAUUGGUGCACCACCACUCCAUCAAUGCUGAUGGACUCAUCACUACGCUGCAUUAUCCAGCACCUAAGAGAAACAAACCCACCAUUUACGGAUUAUCCCCGCAACCUGAUGACUGGGAGAUUGAAAGAACUGAAAUCGUGAUGAAGCAUAAACUGGGAGGCGGGCAGUAUGGGGAGGUCUAUGAAGCCAUCUGGAAGAAGCAUAAUAAAACUAUAGCUGUUAAAACGCUAAAGGAAGAAACUAUGCAAGUAGAAGAAUUUCUUAAAGAAGCUAGCGUCAUGAAGGAAAUAAAACACCCUAAUCUUGUGCAAUUACUAGGCGUCUGUACUAGAGAGCCGCCAUUUUACAUAAUUACAGAAUUUAUGCCACACGGUAAUUUACUGGACUAUCUACGAGAAAAUAAUGAAGAAACACUGUCAGCCGUCACACUAAUGUAUAUGGCUACUCAAGUUGCGUCCGCUAUGGCAUACCUAGAAGAGAAAAAUUUCAUACACAGGGAUCUAGCUGCUAGGAAUUGCCUUAUUGGGGAAAACCACAGUGUCAAAGUUGCAGAUUUCGGCCUAGCACGUCUCAUGACUGGUGAUACAUAUACUGCGCAAGCUGGUGCUAAAUUUCCUAUUAAGUGGACUGCUCCAGAGAGUUUAGCUUACAAUAAAUUCUCCAUUAAGUCUGAUGUCUGGGCGUUUGGUGUGUUACUAUGGGAGAUAGCCACAUAUGGCAUGUCACCGUACCCCGGUGUGGAGCUAACACAGGUGUAUGAGAUGUUGGAGAAAUCUUACAGAAUGGAAAGACCCAAUGGAUGUCCGGCGGAAGUCUAUAAACUGAUGAAGAAAUGCUGGAAGUGGAAUUCGUCAGAGAGGCCGACGUUUGAUGAAAUCCAUGAUGACCUAAACACAAUGUUUCAAAAUUCCAGCAUUGGAGAGGAAGUUGAGAAAACUAAAGACAAUAAACCAGUACCUAACAUACCCAGUAAGGUACGAGGCUUACAGAAUGAGAAAAGGCUAGCCUUGGCCCCGCAGGAUUCUGGUUAUCGAACCUCAACAAACAAUUCCCCUCUCACGAACAGAAGAAAUGAGAAUUUACGCAGCAGCACUAGCAGAAGUAAACAUUCAUCAAGUCGGAAAAAGGGUCCAGCACCGCCUGAGAGAACUACUUCUUACGCUCUCAAGAAGGAUAAAGAACAUUUUGGGAACGGUGAAGCACAGCGCGAUGAAGGUCAGGGUGAGAACAUUAAACAGAUAUUUGCCAGUAUUGAUCAGGAGUUGAAUUCGUGUAUGAAUUUAGCCGGAAACACUAGCACCGAAAGUAAAUGUGCGAGUCAGGAAAGUGGAAUCAGCAGUAGUAUAGGAUCAGUAAAUGCAGGUGACUUUGGAGAAGCACCUGGACGGUACCCUCAGAAGGCAUUGCCGCUGCCUAUCACAGCGAGGAGGGGAUAUAGUCUAAAAAAAGACGCAAUUAAGAAAUGCAAAAGUGACACUGAGAAGGAUCUCAGAGGGGAUAUUCUUGCGUCAUCACAUAUGGUUAGAUCGACUUCAAGCCCUGCAAUCAGACAACGGAGCAUGGACAGUUCAUCUUCUGCAUCUAAAGACUCUCCGUAUGCACAGAGACGUAGUCUUGAUUCCAGUUCUGGGUCUGAGUGCACACCCCCGGAAUAUCGACGAGGUGCAAAGCCCAUUCCUACGCCAAGACAUAAACAUUCGGCUUCAACCGGUGAUGAGGAAAACACACAAAUUCCUUCGCCGUUAGGAGGGCGUAAAAUGGUGUCCACCCCACCGCCACGGUUUCCUUCUUCAAGCUUUGAUUUGCCUUCGCAUCGUGAAGAGGAUGAGAGUUCUCUGGAUGCAGAAGAGAACGUGCAACCCAAGCCUAGACGAAGUAGAUCUCGAAAAUCAAGCACAGAGUCACCACAAAGAUCCCAUCGUGAAAGCAAAAAAUCACACUCCAAGAAGUCAUCCAAAAAAGUGGAAAGCCCUGAAGAUUGGGAACGUGCACCUCCCAUCUUUCGACCACCAAGCCCUCCAUCUGGGCCACCGCCUCCACAGGUUGCUCCUAAACCAAUGGUUUCUUCAAAACCCAGCCCAUCUUCAACAAAACCAGCUGUUCCCAGUAACAAACCGGCUAUAACAAGCCCAAAACCCAGCAGGCAAGUGAGGUCUGUAACAAGCCCUCGACAUGAAAAGAGAUCUAACAAAACAGUGACUAGCCCGACACACUCAACUGAUGAAGAAAAACAAAGCCCUAAACACGGAAAGCCUUUACUUCCAAACUGUAAACCAGUACUUCCUGUGGACAGUUCAAACUUGCUUCAAUCUGGUGUCUCUGUGAGAGCCUCCUUGCGAAAGAGACCUUCCGCUGACCUGUCUGAAAUUGGAGAGGUUACGAAAAGUACACUCACAUCUCUUGCUGACACUAUAGAGAACAGACUGGGAACGAUAUUAAAAAGAGGCGACUACUCGCAGGUCAUUGAACUCUGUGAUGCUACUGCUGUAUAUGUGGCAUCGUGCAAUAAGUAUGUGGACUCGGUGUCCGUUCUGGCAAGAUUUUCUUUUCGUGAAGCAGUCUCCCUUCUAUCGUCCAAUUUGGAUCAUCUUCGUAUUAAAUCCACGAGUGGAUCACCCGUUGAGUUGGCGACUCUCCUGUCGGCUGUUCAGAACUCCAUUCGUGAUGUUAAUUCAAUCGUUCAAAGGUAG